CUGUUAUUUUCCUUCCGUUAGGCUACAGCUUCUUCUUCUUCUCCUUUUUUUUUGAAGACUUGUUCUUUCUUGUCUCCAGACCUUUGCACGAUCUGGUCUCUCUGCCUAGAGCACAGAUCCUGGGAUCCUCUUACCAUUAGUUAGAGAUAACUCCUGCUGGCAUUUUCCUUAAACAUCAUUUUCUCCAGGAGCCUUCUCAGAUGGCAUUGUGUUCUGGCAUCCCAGAGGUCCGUCCAAGUAACUUUUUUCUCUCCUGCAUUCAUCCACUGCCCAACUGUUUAUCGUGCAAGUAACUACAAAAAGCUAGACUCCGCUUUAGAUGCUGGCAACACAAUGCAGGUCCGGGGUCUCUUAAGGUUACUUACAUUCUUUAAAAAAAAAAAUUAAAAAAAUAUUUUAUUAUUGAUAACAUUACAGAUAUCUCCCAUUCUCCCCCUUCCCUUUUACCCCCCAGCCCCAUCACUUACAUUCUUGAAGGGGAAGGUUAAAGAUUAAGAAAAAGUGAGCAUGGAUAGAAAAAAAACCCCAAAAAACUGAAAUUGUGUCCUAGGAAGACAAACAAAUGCUAAGAUCUGGGUUCCGGACACCAAUGGGGGGCGCGGGGGGGGGCGGUCCACUGCGCUGCUGGCAAGGGACACAGAGGGACAGAGCGGGAGGCCCGCCUAGGCCCGGCCCCGCCCCCCGCCAGGACAGGCCCCGCCCACCAUGCCCCGCCCCCGCCCGCCCCCAGCCGCCGUGCGCGCGCUGGCCGGGCAGCAUGGCGGCGGCGGCGGGCGCCCCUUCGCCGGGUUCAACGCAGCAGCCUCCGCCGCCGCCGCCCGAGGAGUCGUCGGACAGCGAGCCCGAGGCGGAGCCCGGCUCUCCGCAGAAACUCAUCCGCAAGGUGUCCACGUCGGGCCAGAUCCGCCAGAAGACCGUCAUCAAAGAGGGGAUGCUGACCAAACAGAACAAUUCAUUCCAGCGAUCCAAAAGGAGAUACUUCAAGCUGCGAGGUCGAACACUGUACUAUGCAAAGACUGCAAAGUCGAUCAUAUUUGAUGAAGUAGACCUGACAGAUGCCAGCGUGGCUGAAUCCAGCACCAAAAAUGUCAACAACAGUUUUACGGUUAUCACUCCAUGUAGGAAACUCAUCCUAUGUGCUGACAACAGAAAAGAAAUGGAAGAUUGGAUCGCAGCGCUGAAGACUGUCCAGAACAGGGAGCAUUUUGAGCCGACCCAGUACAGCAUGGACCACUUCUCAGGGAUGCACAAUUGGUACGCCUGUUCCCACGCGAGGCCGACCUAUUGCAACGUGUGCCGCGAGGCUCUGUCUGGGGUCACGUCCCAUGGACUGUCCUGUGAAGUGUGCAAGUUCAAGGCCCACAAACGGUGUGCUGUGCGUGCAACCAAUAACUGCAAGUGGACCACACUGGCCUCCAUCGGGAAGGACAUCAUUGAGGACGAGGACGGGAUCGCCAUGCCUCACCAGUGGCUGGAAGGAAAUCUGCCUGUGAGUGCCAAGUGCACGGUGUGUGACAAGACCUGUGGCAGCGUGCUGCGGCUGCAGGACUGGCGCUGCCUGUGGUGCAAGGCCAUGGUACACACGGCGUGUAAGGAAUCUUUAGUGACCAAGUGCCCACUGGGCCUGUGUAAAGUGUCGGUCAUCCCUCCCACAGCUCUCAACAGCAUCGAUUCCGAUGGCUUCUGGAAGGCCACAUGUCCUCCGUCCUGCACAAGCCCCUUGUUAGUCUUCGUCAAUUCAAAAAGUGGGGACAACCAGGGCGUGAAGUUCCUCAGAAGAUUCAAACAGCUGCUGAACCCUGCCCAGGUUUUUGACCUUAUGAACGGAGGGCCACACCUUGGCUUACGCUUAUUCCAGAAGUUUGAUACAUUCCGGAUUUUGGUUUGUGGUGGGGACGGCAGUGUUGGCUGGGUCCUCUCUGAAAUUGACAGCCUCAAUCUUCACAAACAGUGUCAGCUGGGAGUGCUGCCCCUGGGCACAGGGAACGACCUGGCUCGCGUGUUAGGCUGGGGCUCGGCCUGUGACGAUGACACCCAGCUCCCGCAGAUCCUGGAGAAGCUGGAAAGAGCCAGCACCAAGAUGCUGGACAGGUGGAGUGUCAUGGCCUAUGAGACUAAACUGCCCCGACAGGCCUCCUCUUCUACCGUCGUCACCGAGGACUUCAGCGAGGGUUCCGAGGUACAGCAAAUUCUCUUCUAUGAAGAUUCGGUCGCGGCCCAUCUUUCUAAAAUCCUGACUUCUGACCAGCACUCGGUGGUGAUCUCAUCGGCAAAAGUGCUCUGCGAGACGGUGAAGGACUUUGUGGCUCGAGUGGGAAAGGCCUAUGAGAAGACGACUGAGAGCUCGGAGGAGUCUGAGGUCAUGGCCAAGAAGUGCUCUGUCCUGAAAGAGAAGCUGGAUUCUCUCCUCAAGACCUUGGACGAUGAGUCCCAGGCCUCGUCCUCUCUGCCCACCCCGCCGCCCACCAUUGCUGAGGAGGCAGAAGAUGGAGAUGGAACGGGCAGCAGCUGUGGGUCAACUGUGGACCGCUCGAUGGGGUCAGCGUGUCCAGCCCGGCCGCAGAUAUUCAGGCCUCGGGAACAGCUCAUGCUGAGAGCCAACAGCCUGAAGAAGGCGAUUCGUCAGAUCAUAGAACACACAGAAAAAGCUGUCGAUGAGCAGAAUGCCCAGACCCAAGAGCAGGAGAUGAUCGUCUUAGGUCUCUCUGAGUCAGAUGAGAAAAAGGACCUGAAGUCAGAGGACACGGUGUGCCACAGUGAGAGCUGCGGGGUUGCCAAGCACAGAAGCCUCCGCAAAGUGUCCAAGUCCCCAUGUGAGAAGCUGAUCAGCAAAGGGAGUUCUGCCUCUCUUCCUCCCCAGUCAGGAAGCCGGGAUGGCCUCCCAGCGCUGAACACGAAGAUCCUCUUCCCGAAUGUUCGCGCGGGGAUGUCUGGUUCCUUGCCUGGCGGUUCAGUUAUCAGUCGCUUAUUAAUUAAUGCUGAUCCCUUCAACUCCGAACCAGAAAACCUAGAGUAUUACACAGAGAAAUGUGUCAUGAACAAUUAUUUUGGCAUUGGCCUGGAUGCGAAGAUAUCUCUGGACUUCAACAACAAGCGUGAUGAGCACCCGGAGAAGUGCAGGAGCCGAACCAAGAACAUGAUGUGGUAUGGGGUGCUUGGGACCAAAGAGCUGCUGCACAGGACCUACAAGAACCUGGAGCAAAAGGUCCUGCUGGAGUGUGAUGGGCGGCCCAUCCCGCUCCCCAGUCUCCAAGGAAUUGCUGUCCUCAAUAUUCCCAGCUAUGCCGGAGGGACCAACUUCUGGGGAGGCACCAAGGAAGAUGAUACUUUCGCAGCUCCGUCCUUUGAUGAUAAGAUCUUGGAGGUCGUCGCUGUGUUUGGCAGUAUGCAGAUGGCUGUCUCUCGGGUCAUUAAGUUGCAGCAUCACCGGAUUGCCCAGUGUCGCACGGUGAAGAUUUCCAUCCUGGGUGAGGAGGGCGUGCCUGUGCAGGUGGACGGAGAGGCCUGGGUCCAACCUCCGGGAUACAUUCGGAUUAUCCACAAGAACCGGGCCCAGAUGCUCACCCGAGACAGGGCAUUUGAGAACACGCUAAAGUCCUGGGAAGACAAGCAGAAGUGCGAACUGCCUCGCCCGCCGUCUUUCUCCCUGCACCUGGGGAUCCUGUCUGAGGAAGAGGCCACCCAGAUGGACCAGUUUGGGCAGGCGGCGGGAGCCCUUAUCCACAGCAUCCGAGAGAUAGCUCAGUCCCAUAGAGACAUGGAGCAGGAACUUGCCCACGCCGUCAAUGCCAGCUCCAAGUCCAUGGACCGUGUGUACAGCAAGCCUAGAACCACGGAGGGGCUGAACUGCAGCUUUGUCCUGGAGAUGGUGAACAACAUGAAGGCCCUGCGCAGCGAGACAGAGCUGCUGCUGUCCGGGAAAAUGGCCCUGCAGUUGGACCCCCCUCAGAAGGAGCGGCUGGGGGCUGCUCUCGCCGAGAUGGACCGACAGCUCAGGAAGCUGGUGGACACCCCCUGGCUGUGCCAGCCCCUGGAGCCCAGUGACGAAGAGAAUGUGAUGGAUCUUUCCAAACGCAGCCGCAGCGGGAAAUUCCGCCUGGUGACCAAGUUUAAGAAGGAGAAGAACAUCAAGAACAGAGAUGCCCACAGCAGCCUGGGAGCCCCGGUUCACCUCUGGGGGACAGAGGAGGUUGCUGCCUGGCUGGAGCACCUCAGUCUCUGUGAGUAUAAGGACAUCUUCACUCGGCACGACAUCCGGGGCUCCGAGCUCCUGCACCUGGAGCGGAGAGACCUCAAGGACCUCGGCGUGACCAAGGUGGGCCACAUGAAGAGGAUCCUGUGUGGCAUCAAGGAGCUGAGCCGCAGCCCCCCUGCCACCGAGGCCUAGCCUCCGCCCUCUCGGCCUGCGUCCUCCGUUCCUCCUGUGACUGAGAAGGGGCCCAUCCUGGGCCCUUCUCAUGGUGCUAUUUCUACGCCCUGUGCUCGUGACAGGAAGCGUCUCGGACACUGUUCCGGCCCGCUCCAGGGUCUCGGGCACACCAACAUGGCUACCUUUGGACACGCACCAUUCUAACCCAGUGGUGUAUGGGGUGACCGUGCCACCACCUCUCUGCUCCCUGGCCCCCGGCAUCCCGGCAGAAACAGCCUGGCUGGGCCGCACACGAGUGUCCAGGGCUUCUCUGCCCUUUCACAGCGCGUUGUCAGGCACCGUCUCCCAGCAGGCUCUCCGGAGUCGGGGCCCAGACCCGCCAGCCAUUUGCGGUUCUCCACAGAGCCGGCCACUCACUGCAGAUGUCCCUGUUUAUUAUGAGGUCCUGCCUUCCCUGGUUCGUAGGCACCAUGGAUGCGUUUCCAGUCCUGUUCAUUUAAAUGUGACGUGAAGAGAGAGGAAAACUCGUUGUUCCUGGAGCUGGCAAACAGGGAGCCAUGUUCUAGGGCCGAUGAACCCUGCCCCGUCUGUCUCGGGUCCCUCCUGAGCUGCGGGCGUGGGGACAUGGUCCUGUGUGUCCAGGACGCAGUAGCCUCGGUGCUGUCCGGGGCCAGGAGCGCCCAGUGGCCGGUGGCCUCCCUGCAAUGGAGGCUGUGUGUUGCGCUGGGUCAGUAUUCCUCUGGAGACAGCAUGUCCAUUCCGUCCUGAGAGCCUCUGACCCGUGGUGGCUUCUCAUCUGGUGCUGCCAGGCCCCAGGUCCCUGGAGGUGUCGGUGCCUGUGUAGCUCCCUGCAAGUCGUCACUGCCUUUACUUUGACCCUGGCUGCCCCUCCAGAGACAGUCACACCUUCCAGGGAUCUCUUCCACCCUGGACCCCAACCCCUGGGUGCCAGGGUCCCGCAUCCCCAAGGGCAGGGCUGACCUUGUGAGGGGACUGGGCAGGAGGCCUUAGGGCGCUGUCCAGAGUCACCCAUAGGGGCCCCUUGGAGACUCCCAGCUGAACAGCAUUUACCUGCCACUCACUUUGGAGACCCCUCUGACCAGCGUGCGCGGUGGGUCCUCCUUGGGCAUGGCCAGGCUCCAGUCUCUGGUUUUGGGGUGCUCCCACUGGAGGUUCUUCUGGGUGCCCACUCCUGUGCUCACGUGUGGCGUGUCGGCAGGCUUUGGAGUGAGAGCCCUGCAUUCUGCACAUACCCUCAUUGGACGUGAGACCAGGCAAUUGUGUCUGCUUUCCUGCCCCGUGAUUCUCUUUCCCAUCUGAACAGCUCUUUAAGCAGAGGAAGGUGAAGAGAGAGACUCUAGCCCCUGGAGAUCACCUGUUUGAAAGUAGAGAUCAUGGGGUCCCAGGAGGGCGCUGCCCUGUUCGAGGUGGACACCUGGAUUCUGAGGUUCCCAGGGCAUCUGGUUGGGAUGGGACAGGCUGGAGCUCGGUGAGGAGGUGCAGGGGGAGUUGCCCAGGGGCCACCCCAUGCCCUCAGUGCCCACCCGUGGGAAAGGCUUAAGUUAGGGUCAUGUGUGGGAUUUAAAAUUAAUAUGUUGUCAGUGACUAAAGCAACACUGUUUACAUAAAAGCCAUUUUUAUAAUUCUCGUCAGUUAGAAGCAAAAGGAAUGAACGUGAGUUUUGCAUGAAGGUGCGUCAGUGAAGGGCGGGCAUCCGUUCCUUGUGGUGUCUUUGUUGUUGCACGUGGGGCUGUGCCUCUGCCCGCUCCAGCAGCCCUGCUGUGUCCUAGGGUGGGUGCCUGUCACUGUGGGGGCAGGAGGAAGAUCCCCGGAGAGUCUUGGAGAAAAGGUUUUGUGUUCUCGGGUGGGGCUCACCCUCAUAUUUAUGAUCUUAAUUUAUACAGCACUCACCGUGGAGCAUAUGCCUGCUGUGUUGCUAUGUACAUAGUCCACGUCGAGGGUUGUAAAUAAGUGGUUCUGUGUGUAAAUAAAACAAGCCUGUUUUGGA